GAGGCUCUCACGGGGCUCUUGGAGAAGAGGUACGCUUUUUUUGAGUCCAAGGAUUUCAUCACGGAGUCUGGAUACGGUUGGGUGCUAACAGGUACAGGCGUAUGACUGGGAAGCAAAUGUGCAACACCAACCUCGAGUUGAUGAUCGAGCGACACCUCAGACGGGAAGCCAUGCCACGCAGCCAAUUCCGCGACAGGACCUUGCAAGCAAAUCCCAACAAUGAGGCAUUCAACGACAACAACGUCCCUCCCGCCAUGGGCCUCGCACCCUCUCCUCUCCCGCGAGUGGAAGUCCCGCCCAUGAUAAAGUACGACCACGAAGCGCACCCCCACAACCACCCACCACAGUACGCUCGCCCUCUGGCCAGAGAUCACGGCAGUUCCGAGGGAUACCCGCCACCAAUCCUCGAAAACCAUCCCCACAACAUCACCCUGUAUAACGAACUGGCGGCGUGCCGAACAGACCGCUGUGUCCUGUUGCAUCGGCUUAAUGCCCUCGAGGACGAGGUCAAUCGGACUUCCAAUCUCGUCUCGAUUCUCUUCAAUGAACUACACCCCGAGAUCAUGUCAACUCCUCCGACACCCGAAACAAUGGGUCUGUCUGAGCAUGACGAGAUGAUGGAGGGUGUUGAUCUCUGAACGCCAUGUCUAAAGGGGGAAAUUGGCGGAGAGGCAUAAAAAGAACACGAUGAACGGACAGGUGAAAUGUCCG